UUAAUUAUUGGUCUUAUGCUGCUUGUUUUUAUUUUUUCAGGUGGCAGAGUUUCGAAUCUUUCUUCUUCUCGUAUGAGAACAUUUUUGGAGCAGAAAAGGGGUGACAAAGGCGGUUCCAGUAGGACUUUUAUAACUGAAGCUGCUCAAUCUAGUUCUCAGGGUGUGAAACAAAAAAAGGGCUGAGUCUGAUAAGUCCUUGGAGGUGGUAUCUGCUGAGGCUGCUCAAGGAGCUAUUAUUCAGCAUGAAAGGCCGAAACAGAUUCGGCUGCAUGGCUUUGCCCGUGGUUCAAACUCGAGAUUUGUAUGGAGUGACUAGUUUCCUAUUUUUGAGCUGGUUGACAAGGUUGGUCAGUUUCCUGGUGACGUUGACUUGCUUAAUGGUGCUGGUAUGGAAGCUGUUGGUCAAUAUAUGCAGGUAAUUGCUGCUAGGAUGUUGUGUAUAGGUCAUACUACUGAGUUGUUGGGUGCCGGUGAGAAGGAGUACAUGGACAAGAUUGCUUUGUUGGAGAAGACUGCUGCUGAAAAAGAAAAAGAGCUUUCUAAGAGGGACGGUGUUAUCGCCGAGAAAAUGAAGAAAGCAAAGGACCAGGAGGAGGAAAUAGAGACCCUUCGUGAACAGAUUCGUGUUUUGCAGAGUCAGGUGUCCCAGGCUGAAGUGGAGAAAGAUAAGAUGGUGGCUCGAGUUCGUGAGCUUGAGGUCAAAGUAUGGAGAUGUUUGCUGCGGGCUUUGAUCGGUGUAUUAGUCAAGUCUCUAUUUUUUUCUCCGAAUUUCGACGUUUCAAGGUUAGAUGUGACCAAGAUAGUGGUCGGAGGGAAGUUUGUUAAUGAUGAUCCCGAUGAAGCUGAGGGAGAGAAUGUUGCUGAAGCUAGAAAGUAGUAUUUUAUCUGAAUGGUUUAUAUAGUUGUGUACUUAUUGUAGUGACCUUGGGAGUUUGUAGGUUUAACCCCUGACUUGAUCUGUUUUGUUUUGCUAGUGUUUUUG